AUGAAGUUAAAAGUAAAACCUCUCUCCCACAAAUCAGAGAACACCUUCCGGUUUCUGACGUUUUCUGAGAGACUUGCUAAUGUAAACAUUGAUGUCAUUCACCGGAUUGAUCGGACUGGCAGUUACGCUGAGGAGGUGGACACUUACUUUUAUGAAGGUUUAACAAAAUGGAGAGACUUAAAUUUGACAGAUCACUUCACUGCCUUUCUGAGAGAGGUGUCGAACAAGUGUCAGUCCUUUCACAUGUUGGUGUUCCACCAAAAUGCCAUAGUGGAGUGUCUGAAGACUCAUCUGUCUGUGAAGAGCAGCCUUGCCUCUCAACCUUUGUUAGAUCUUGUGGUCCAGCUUGCACGUGACCUCCAGACAGAUUUUUACCCUCACUUUACUGACUUCUUCAUCAUCAUUACAUCAGUGCUUGAGACCCAGGAUACUGAGGUGCUGGAGUGGGCUUUCACUUGCCUCUCCUACCUGUACAAGUAUUUAUGGAGACUGAUGGUGAAAGACAUGGACAAGAUAUACAGUCUCUACAGUAAACUUCUGGCGCAUAAGAAAGAACACAUUCGCAACUUUGCUGCUGAGAGCUUCUCUUUUCUGAUGAGAAAGGUACCAGAUUUUGACAGUUUGUUUACAAUGAUGUUUGAGGAUCUGGAUCAGCACCCUCAGAAAUCAGAGGGAGUGGGGCAGCUCAUCUUUGAAAUGUGUAAAGGGGUCUGCAACAUGUUCCACUCCUGCGCCAAUACUGCUUUGCCAGUGGUUUUGAGGAAGCUCGGCCCUGCUAAAGAUGGUGAUGUUGCUCUUACUUAUGAUGCUGUUAAAGAGGCCCUGGAUCACAUGGCAGAGUCUUCAGCCAGUUAUGUGGAGAAGGAGCAUCUUCUUGUACUUUGGGAUUCAUUGCAGGCUUGUAUAAAAGAUGUGCUGCUGAGACUGAAAGGUGGGUCUCCAGAUCAGGCCAGUGAGCACCUGGAGCGGAUCUUGUUCAUUUACCACACACUGGUCGAGCACCGAAAAGGAGCAAAAAUUACCAAGCCACAGUGUGUCUGUGAGAUGCUACUUCAGCUGGUUCAGACUCCUGGACUAUCCUACUCCUGCUGUGGUUUGCUCCUCCAAGUCGUCUCAUCUUUUCUGUUGGGAGAGAUCACAUCUCUACCAGCCACUGUGAUUCAAGAUCUGGUGAAAAAGGUCUUCAUCAGUGGGAUGGAUCGAGAUCUCAUUCUAUCUUUUGCCAAGGAGAUGUUCAAUAUGAAGCAGUUUGAGCAGCUGUUCCUGCCCAGUUUGCUGCAGUUUGUGGAGCAGCUGUUUUUCAGUGAGGACUCAGUGAGCAGACUGCUGGCUCUGGAGCUGCUGGUCAGACUGAUCCUGGUUAAAGCGCAGCCUCCUAAUGAUGGAUCUAUGGCUUUCGAAAAGUACCCGCUAGUCUUCACCGGCCAGUCUGUAGGGUUAAAUGCUGUUGAAAAGGCCCAGUCAGUGCCAGUCCCUCAGCAGAUCUUCACAUUUAUAGAUGUUCUAGAUGAGCAACCGCUGUCAGAUCUUUCUCAGAUCUGGGCGGCUCUGGUAAUUCUGCCUCACCUCAGGCCUUUGGAAGCAACUAGGGUGAUUCCUUCUGUCACCGCUGUGCUGAACAGACUACUACAUGAAGUGCUCAGUGAAAAACUUGGCAAAGGUGGACUGUUUGUAGCACGACAGGCUUUAACCACACUGCUCAGCUUUAAGGAAACAGCACUGGUGCUUUCUCUGCUCCCGAAUGAACUCGUCAGACACGUCAUCGAGACAUUUCCCACUGAUCUGUCUGCACUGCUGCUGGCUGAUCUGUACUACACCAGACUGUCCCUCAGUGGCUGCUCGGACCAGCUAUCCCAUAAUUCCUUAAUGGAUCUAUACCAAGUGUUGCAUGUGAAUUUGUCCUCCAAUAUCUCCAAGAUUCGGCUUCUGACACUGAGGAUUUUGUCCCACUUUGAGGCAGAACUUCCUAAACCAGCAGAGGGUGAGGAGAGCUCGAGUUUGCAGACUGUGUUUGCUAUCUGCCUGCAGGCUGAGCAGGUUCCUGCUACAGUGCAGGAUUACAGAGAGAAACUGCUGCACUUGCGCAAACUGCGCCAUGACCUGGUCCAACCCUGUCUUCCUCAUGGAUCCUUCCAACAGGUUCCACUGCGGUAUCUUAUUGCAAUGCUGUUUGUUAAUUUCAGACCUUUGUGGGAUGCUGUCAUUGAUCUGCUUGUGAGCCAUGCCAGAGACAUGGACAACAAGGAAUUCUGGAAGGUUUACUAUGAACAUUUGGAGAUGAUUGCUGGUCUGGCAGAGAAAGAGCUGCAGACGGAUGACGGUGAAGAGGAAUGUGAUCAGGAUAGAAGUGCUGGUCAGAUUCGAGGUCCGGGGACGGACGUGAUUGCCAGUGGGGAUGUCGGCAUUUUGUUUCUGGAGCAGCUCGAUGAGGUGGGCAGUGUCAGCGAUCGCACAGACUUCACCAACUUCCGUGGCCUGCUGUGGAGAGCCAUGACAAAGUUCCCAGACCGAGUGGAACCACGGAGCCGAGAGCUUAGUCCACUGCUUCUGCGCUUCAUCAGGACUGAGUUUUAUCCAGCUGAUCUGAUAGUGGCUCCGACUCAGAACUUGACAAAAAGAAGCCGUUUAUCAUCACAGUCUGAGGCUGAUAACGAGGCUGACGGCAUGAAGGAGGACGAGGAGGAACAGGUGGAGGAGGAAACUGAGAGAAAAAUACCAAGGAGAGCCGCUGCCAAGCAGCUCAUCACACAUCUGAAGGUCUUCUCCAAAUUCACCAACCCCAAAGCUUUAUACCUGGAACCUGAAUUACACGAGCUGUACACACAGCUAUUGUGCCACAAAGACCAGCAAAUACAAAGAGCAGCUCUGGAUUGUCUGAUGACCUACAAGGACCCAAACAUCCUUCCUUACAAAGAGAAUCUGGAGAAAAUGUUGGACGACAAACAUUUCAAAGAUGAAAUUGUUCAGUUUAACAUCUCUGAGGAAGGCUCGGCGGUGCUGGCCAUACACCGCUCCAAACUCAUCCCUGUGCUCAUGAGGGUCCUGUAUGGACGCAUGCGCACUAAAGCUGGGAAUAAGUUCCAGGGUAAAGCUGCAGCCGCCUCACGUUCUUCCAUUGUGCUUCGCUUCCUGGCAGGAUGCCAAUCAGAGGAGCUGGCCAUGUUCAUCGACCUGCUGCUGGAACCAGUGUGCCAUUACGGCCAAGGAACAUGUCUAGCUGCAAUAGAGAAGGCCAUGGCUGACACUGAUUCCUCUUCCGUGCUCCCUCUGGGACGUCAGCAUGGUCUGCUUAAUGUCAUUGAAAUGAUUCUGAACAAACUUGGUCAUCUUAUAGACAGCUACCUGCCCAAACUUCUGCAGAUCAUACUGUGUGCUACUGCCUCUGUGGCCUGGCUGCUGGAUUGCAGAGAACAGCUAAAGCCUGGAUGUAUUAGUCCUCUGAAAAACCUGAGAAGACUGGGGCUUCUGCGCAUCCAGGACUUCUUUGAUAAGUUUGAGUCAUACCAGUUUACGUCAGACGAACUGGACGCUGUGUUUCAUGCUGUUGUCUGGCCUCAGGUUUGCCGUUUGCCCUCGGAGAGUACGUAUGCUCCCACUCCUCUUCUUAAACUCAUCCAUGUUUGGAGCAAGAAUGCAAGAUAUUUCCCUUUGCUGGCUAAGCAGAGACCAGGCCACCCUGAGCAUGACAUCUUACUUAAUGUCUUUGCAUUACUGUCCUCAAAGAACGUAUCUACCAACACGGCAGCCAUGGUAAUGGACGUCUGUGAGUCUUUACUCAACACGCCGGACUUUGUGCCCUCUGAAAACGAGACAGAGCUAAACGUCAGCAACUGUGUGAUUCCUGAAGUAGCCUCAGGUUCUGAAAUCGUCGAAGACUCUUUGUCUGUAGGCUCAAGGCUGCUGUUGCCUCACAUUCCUGCAGUGCUUCAGUACCUCAGUGGAGCUGUGCUCAACUCUGAUCGUAUAAAGAAGAAGAGAUUCCGAGCUCAAGUCAGCAAAGAGCUUAACAUCUUGUCCAAGAUCAGCAGAUUUGUCACAGACAAGGAACAGAGCUCAACACUUAUCAGCCUACUACUACCAUACCUGCAAAAGUCAAAGAUUGCAGAGGAAACAGAGCUGGAUAUUCUUGGCACAGUGAAGAACCUGUUGAAACAAUGUUCAGAGCCCACAGUUUUCUUGAGGCCUCUCAGUAGGCUUUUCUCGAUCAUACAGAGCAAGCCAUGCCGAAAAGCUCUGUGUGAAGUAUACCAGACUCUAUCAGACCUGAACGGAGAACUGAAGUACAUAACUGAUGUUGCAGUGCAGCUGAAUGCCUUUGACAGUCGGCACCUGGACGAGAUUCACUUUGACGUGCGAUUGACGGCUUUCCAGAAGUGCAUAAAACACAUCAAAGAGAUGAGCACGCUGGACAUUAGAUACCUCACAGCUAUCAUGCACAACUGCUUCCACUCUUUUGAAAUAGGGGACAUGUCUUUGGCGGACAGUGCCACUCUGUGUCUCUCAGCGAUCAUUACACAGCUGGCUGCAGUGGGCACCCCUGAGCAGGAGUAUAAAGAGAUCGUUCAGUACAUCAUGCUGGAUGCAGUGAGGAAGGGACUGAAGAGCAAAACUGAGAGUGUGAGGAACGACUACACAACGAUUCUGGCCUGUCUGGUAAAAACCUUCCCCAGCCGACCUGAGUUCCGGGACCUGGUACAGCUGACCAACUACAAUGAUCCUGAGUCAGACUUCUUCGAGCACAUGAAGCACAUUCAGGUUCACCGUAGGGGGCGAGCUCUAAGGAAAUUAGCAAAGCAGCUGACAGAAGGCACAGUGGUGAUGUCGUCCCGCUCCAUGCAGAAUUUCAUCAUGCCAUACGCCAUGAUUGCUCUGUUUGAUGAGAAACUGCUGAAGCAUGAGGCUAUAACGUCUGCAGCAGUUGAAGUUAUUGGAGCAGUGUGCAAGUGCCUCACCUGGUCCAAAUACCUCUACUACCUCAAACACUUCAUUCAUGUGCUACAGACGGGACUGGCUGAACAGAAACUAGCAGUGAGUUUGCUGGUUACUAUUUUGGAAGCAUUUCACUUUGACCACGAGACUCUAAGCAAAGAAAUCGAACUAGCCAAAAACAAAAAAGCUGACGGUGUGAGUGCCGUGGAUGCAGAAGUGAAAGAUGAGGUGCAGGCUGAAGCCAUGGACUCGGAUGAAAGUGAUGCCGAGGAAGCCAUGGAGACCGGCGAUGCUAGAGCUGAUGUGGAUGCUACAGAGAGUGAGGCCAUGGACACAGGUUCGAGUGAGUCAGCCAAGCCGAAGGAAGGCCCGCAGGUUCAGGUGAUGAAAGCGCCCCCUGUUGUAAGCAGCGGCCUUCCACAGAGUAAAGAGGAGCUGGAGGCUCUCAUCACGUCUAUUCAUCAAACAGUCACAAAGAGUGUCCUGCCCAGACUGCAUAAAUGCCUCACAGCCAAGGUUAAAAGAGAUGAUGAGCACAAGAUGGUAAAAUCGAAGGAAGUAAGGGAUGAAGAGGUGGUGAGGGUGCCCAUUGCCUUUGCAAUGGUUCGACUUAUGCAGUCUCUGACACAGGAAGUCAUGGAGGCCAAUUUACCUGGAGUGCUCAUAAAAGUGUGUGUCCACCUGAGGAGCCGUUUUCAGGAGAUCCGUGACGUUGCUCGUAACACCCUGAUCAAGAUCAUCGAGGCUUUAGGGCAUCGCUACCUGCAGUAUCUCCUCACAGAAAUGCAUGGCGUCCUGGUGAAAGGCUAUCAGAUCCAUGUACUGACCUUCACCGUUUACCAUCUGCUCUCAAUCCUGAGACCAUCAUUGAAAGCUGGAGAUCUUGAUCCUUGUAUAGACAUUUUAGUAGAGAUCUUCAACAACGAGCUUUUUGGGGCUCUUGCAGCGGAGAAAGAGAUUAAAGGCAUAGUUUCUAAAGUGAUGGAGGCUCGUCACAGCAAGAGCUCAGAUUCGUAUGAGUUUUUGGCACAGUUUUCCAGCCAGGAACGGGUCACUCAGCUGAUCAUACCGCUUAAAGAGAUCCUGGAGAGCACAGCCAGUUUAAAGGUGUCUCGUCGAGUGCACAGUGUUUUAAGAAGAAUAGUAGCAGGACUUCUGUUAAAUGAGAGCAUGACCCCUCAAUCCAUUCUGCUGCUGAGUCAUGGCCUGGUCAGUCAGAGCCUUCCUCUUAUCACCAGCAAGAGCAGACAGAAGGCUGCUCCUCCUCCUGACCCUCGGCUGCCACCCCCUAGCUGCCUGCUGCUGCCUCCUACUCCGAAGAGAGGAGGCAUGAGGCCUGCUCUCAGCCGCACAACCAACAUGCACAUACUAGUGGAUACCGGACUUAGUCUGCUCCACUGUAGUUUAAGAAAUUCUAAGAUCAACUCAUCGGUGGCGUCCGUACGGGAGAUGUUGGAUCCAUUUGUCUCUCUGCUGCUGGACUGUCUCGAUUCUAUGCAUGUCAAGGUGAUAACCGAGGCUCUUCAGGUCUUUAUUUGGAUUUUGAAGUUUCCUCUGCCUGCUGUGGAGCAGAACGCUGACCAGCUCACCAAGCAGCUCUUUGUUCUGCUGAAGGAUUAUGCCAAAGCUGGUGCUGGGCAUGGAGAAAAUUUCCAUCUUGUCCAGAAUUGCUUUAAGGCUAUUACUGUUUUAGUGAAGUGUGUGGCUAAACAUCGCAUCACUGAUACACAGCUGCAAGUACUUCUGGGAUAUGCUGAAGAGGACAUCUAUGAUAACACUCGUCAAGCCACGGCUUUUGGCCUGUUAAGGGCGAUCCUGUCCAGGAAGCUGGUGGUUCCAGAGAUGGAGGAUGUAAUGAAAAAAGUUGCCAAAUUGUCUAUUAAUGGAUCAAAUGAGCAGGUUCGCGUUCGCUGCAGACAGAUUUACCUGAAGUAUCUGAUGGAUUAUCCCCUUGGAAAGAAGCUUAAAAGCCAUUUUGAUUUCAUUGUUGCACAGCUUACAUAUGAGUAUAACACUGGGAGACAGUCGACUCUUGAGAUGCUGGAAUUCAUUUUUCAAUCAUUCCCGCAGCCUCUUCUCCUGGAGCACUGUGGUCUCUUCUUUGUUCCUUUGUCUCUGGCUGUGGUUAACGAUGACUCGGCACGUUGUAAGAAAAUGGCCUCCCUCGCCAUCAAGACGUUGUUGGGUAAACUCGAUGUGAAGCACAAGAACUCCAUGUUUACUCUGGUCAAUAGCUGGCUGACCGGAGAAAAGAUGGCUCUGCGGAGGCUGGGUGCUCAGGUGUGUGGACUCUUUGUGGAAGUGGAAGGAGAACAUUUUAAUAGCAGACUGGAUUCUCUGCUACCUCUUAUAGAGCAAGAAAUCCACACAGACAACUUUGGUGAUAUUGAGGAGGAGGAGAACGAGAAAGCUGCAGACAGGUUGCUCUUCUGUUAUCUCACUCUAAUCAUCAAACUGAUCAAAGACUGUGGCUUCUUGGAGCUCCACAAACCUUCUGAUACACUCUCAAGCAUCUGGGCUCAUAUUGAGGCUCACCUGCGUUAUCCUCAUUCCUGGGUUUGGUUGACUGCCUCUCAGAUCUUUGGUCUGCUUUUUGCUGCUCAAAAACCAGAGGAGCUGCUUUCUAUGUGGUGCUCUGAGAAAAACGCCUCCAAAAACGAGCGUUCUACGGCAUCUUUAUUCCUCUCAGCUAACCUGGAUAAGAAGAUGAGAGAGCUCGUCUUAUCAUGCAGUCACCAGCUGCAGUCGAAAUUUCUGGACAUUUCUGCUGGCGAGCAGGUAAUAAAGAACUUGCUGUUCGUGGCCAAAGUAAUCUACCUCAUCUCCCCCAAAUCUGAGACUGUAGAGAAUGGAAAAGAAGAACCAUCAGAGGAACAAACUGUGGAGGAAACCGAAGACACUGUGGAAGAAACAGAAGAGGAUAAAUUGGAGGAUGAGCAACAGCAGCAAGCUGUGGAAGAUAAGGAUGAGAAUAAGCCACCGUCUUUACUCUGGGUGAUACGGAAAUUCUCACUGUUGGCUAAAAGAGAGGCAGCUGAUACCCCUAAAAUUCCACUCAAGAGAACAUGUGUUUUUAAGUUUUUGGGAGCUAUAGCUGUUGAUCUUGGCAAAGAGCGUCUAGGCCCCUACCUCACCACCAUCAUCUCUCCAUUGUACAGAGAACUGGACAGUACAUAUGCCGACCAAGACCCCACACUGAAGAACCUGGCACAGGAGCUGAUCGAGAUGCUGAAGAAGCUGGUGGGAUUGCAGAAGUUCUCACUCGCCUUUGCUGCUGUACAGAAAGAGGCUUCACAGAGACGAGCUACACGCAAGAAACACAAAGCCCUGCAGGCUGUGGCUAAUCCAGACAUUGCUGCUAGGAAAAAGAUCAAGAAGCACCAGAAGAAAACUACGGCUAAAAAGAGGAAAAUAGAGUUUUUGAAGCCAGGACACAAAGCGAAGAAACAGAAACGUACAUCACUGAGGGAUCUGGCUAUGGUUCAGUAAACUCCUGCAAGUUUACCUGGCAGCAUUUUUAAUACAUGAACUGGGUUAUUGAAUGGCUGUGAAUGAGGGCAUGAGAAACAUUGACUAUGAAAUAACUGGCUGUUUGGUGUGCUGUGUCGAUACUGGAUCAUUUGUACAAUGUCAUGUACAAUUUUUUUAUUAAAAGAAAUGCAUCUGGGUGCAGAUCAUGAUGUGACCAAG